AUGACCAUUACUGAAGUCAGGGAGGGAGAUGAGUCGGAGAUCGAGGCUCCGCUUCUCGAUCCUGAGUCGUUCUCAAAGCCAAGGAGAAUUGCUCUCUUUGUUGAGCCUUCGCCGUUUGCCUAUGUCUCAGGUUACAAAAACAGAUUCCAGAAUUUCAUUAGGUAUCUUCGUGAAAUGGGAGACGAGGUUAUAGUGGUGACGACACAAGAAGGUGUUCCCGAAGAGUUUUAUGGAGCCAAAGUCAUUGGAUCAAAAAGCUUCCCAUGCCCUUAUUACCAAAAGGUUCCCCUCUCGCUUGCGCUUAGUCCAAGAAUCAUAUCGGAAAUUGCUCGGUUUAAGCCUGACAUAAUACACGCUUCAUCUCCUGGGAUCAUGGUGUUUGGUGCUCUGGCAAUAGCGAAAAUGCUCUCUGUGCCAAUAGUAAUGUCUUACCACACACACGUCCCUGUAUACAUCCCAAGAUACACUUUUAGUUGGUUGGUCCAACCCAUGUGGUCAGUAAUAAGAUUCCUUCACAGAGCGGCUGAUCUUACAUUAGUUCCUUCCGCUGCCAUUGGAAAAGAGCUUAUAGCAGCUGGUGCAACUGCAGCUAAUCAACUUCGACUUUGGAACAAGGGUGUCGAUUCAGAAAGCUUCAAUCCCCGUUUCCGUUGUCAAGAAAUGCGUAUAAGAUUGAGUAAUGGCGAACCUGAAAAGCCACUAGUGAUCCAUGUAGGUCGUAUCGGCGUAGAAAAGAGUUUGGAGCUUCUAAAAAGUGUAAUGGACAAAUUACCUGAAGCUCGGAUUGCUUUCAUCGGAGAUGGACCAUACAAAGAGGAUCUUGAGAAGCUGUUUGCUGGAAUGCCGGCGGUAUUCACGGGAAUGUUACAAGGCGACGAACUCUCACAAGCUUACGCAAGCGGAGAUGUGUUUGUGAUGCCAUCAGAGUCAGAGACACUUGGCCUUGUGGUUCUUGAAGCUAUGGCUUCUGGUCUUCCUGUUGUUGCGGCUCGAGCCGGUGGUAUCCCUGAUAUCAUCCCUGAGGACCAGGAGGGCAAAACGGGGUUUCUGUUCAACCCUGGAGAUGUUGAAGACUGCGUGACAAAGCUGAGAGCUUUAUUGCACGACAGUGAAACAAGAGAGAUCAUUGGAAAAGCAGCAAGAGAAGAAACGGGCAAGUAUGAUUGGAAAGCAGCAACUACAAAGAUACGCAAUGAACAGUACAGUGCAGCGAUUUGGUUCUGGAGGAAGAAGAAAGCUCAGGUUUUUGGACCACUCAGUUGGUUGGUUAAACGACUGUUUCCGGUGCCGGAAGUUAAUGUGUAG